AGGAAGCGUAUGGCUUUGCAAGAAGGCACAGCAGGCCACACUUGUGACUUCAACAUGGACUUUGACUACCAGCAGAUUAAAGAUUCAGAAAUGCGUCUGCCGGCGCCACAAUCCGAACAGCCGCCCGCAAGACAGAUUCCUCCCGUCAAACCGCGACGGAGCAUCAAAUCCCGCGCGACGCCGAAGGAGGAGGCGGGGCCUCCCGGCCCGCCGACCAAUGGCAGGGAGGUUGAGGCAAAGAAGGAAGCGGUCAUUCAGAGGGUGUCCCCUGCAGUGCUGCGCUGUGGGGGCCCCGGCCCCGGCCCCGGGCCCCUGGAGGCCCUGUCCCCCUCCCUGAGGGCCCACACCCUGCUGUGGUUCGAGCGAUCCCAGCUGCCCCGGCUGCGCAGACCAGGGCAGCCGCUGCCCCGCUGGCUACACGGCUUCGCCACGCGCAGAGAAGCAGAGGAGCUGUUGAAAGAUGAGCCUGAGGGCUGUUUUCUGGUGAGGCUCAGUGAGUCUAAGAUCGGCUUCGUCCUCUCAUACAGGGGUAGGGACAGGUGCCGACACUUCAUCCUGGAGGAGGAGGACAGGGCUCCAGAGGGAGGGAGGCAUUACCUCAUCGCCGGGGAGGAGAGUCGCCAUGGCAGCCUGCAGGAGCUGAUAAACUACUAUACCCAGCAUCCCGUUGGGCCCUUUCAUGAAGUGUUGACCGUGCCCUGUGUCAAGGGAAAGAGGGGCAGUGAGGAUUUGGCAGGACAGGGUGCGGGAGGGACAGGGGGAGGGGCGCCGGGGGCAGAACAGGAGUCCUCCACUGUCCUAUCUGCCCCCCUGAUGCCCGAACUGCCCCCCGGAACCCCCGGAUCCCCCAGACCCCCCAGCGGCCCCCCCGGGCCCCCUGAGACGGCGCAGUACGCGGUGGUGAGGAAGCCUAUGAGGAAGGCCAACUCCCUGCCAGACAGACAGACGGACGAGGAGACAGAGGUGCCAAACUUCAUCCCCGUCGACCCCCCGAAAUCGACCCCCCCAGCGGAGAGCGACCAGGAAGGGGUGGAACCGGGCGACCCCCAAUACGCCCGCGUCAACAAACCCCACCGGGCCUUGGCCAGCACGGCCGCCCGCUCUUCCUCCCCCUCCCCCUCCUCCUCCUCCUCCUCCUGGGCUGACGCCCAGCCGGGAGCCCGCUCCCCGCCCCCCACCCCCCCGCGGGCGUUGGGGGAGGAGAAGUACUGGGAGCUGGUGCCCAUGCACACCUACGAGGAGACGCACCAUGUGACCCAGACGCAGGAGUCACAUGACCACAUCGACUUCUACGCCAUGGGGCGCCGGGCGGACCUUCAGCGGAGCGAGGAGGGCGCUCAGACCCACCUGUACUCGGAGGUGAAUCUGAGGGGGUUGAGUGACAGGCCCCCCACAGCACCCCUCCCCCCUCCUGCCAGGACCGCCCCCGGCCUGCCCCUCAGACCGCCCCCGCGACUGCCAGACUACCCCCCCAACCUGGACCCCGCCCAACAGAGAUUGGAUGGCCGCCUCCCUCUGACUCCGCCCCCUCAGGCCGGCCCCUCCCCCAGCCCCAUUUACGAGCAGAUUCCCGAGGGGGGGCUUUCAGCUCGACCCCCCCUGCCCCCCCAGAACCCCAAGCACUGACGGCCAUCACAGUCCUGCGAUUACCUGUACUUACAUUGACACUGUGGCAAAUUCAUGAGGGCCGUACAUUAAUUUUUUUUCCAGCUGUACUAAAUCCAGGGGUCAUAAACAUUUCUGUCAAGCAGGAAGAAUUCCAAUACUGCAACUUUGCUGAAAUAAAAUCAAAAUCUCUGUUUUCUAAAAA